AUGAACUACGGACAGGGAUACCCUCCCCAGCAGGGCGGAUACAACAAUGGAGGAGGAAACAGCGGCUAUCCCGCAAACAACGGUGGAUACGACUCAUCCGCAUAUCCUCCUCAACAACAGCAGCAUGACGGAUACAACAACAGUGGCGGAUACGACCCCAACAGCGGCGGAUACGACCCCAACAGCGGUGCUGGAGGAGGAUAUGACCCUAACAACGCAUACAACUCCAACUACAACAGCGUCUCUGCUCCUCCCUACUCCGCCUACCCUCCUUCAGCCAACAUGCUGUCAGGUGGUGGCAACGCUAUCGGUGGUGGUGGUGGAUACCCCGGUGCCUCGCCCGCUUUCAAUCCCAUGCACCUCAACUCCAACAACUCUGUCGCUUCCUCACACGCAGGAGGAGGAAUGAACAACUACUCCAGCCACGGCACCGUUAACCUCGGCAACGGUGGCAGUGGAUAUGACAACAGCGGAUAUGUCAACACCAACAACAAUAACGGAUAUGACAACAAUGGAAGCAACGGCAACUAUGGUAACAACAACGGCAACUUUGGUAACAACAACAACAACAACAACAGUAACAGCAGCAACAGCAACAGCAACAGCGGCAACUACAGCUCACCCCCAGCCAACCAGUCAUACCAAGCCGGACAGCUCAACUACCAAGGAACCGUUUACAACCCUAACGCUGCUUCCAACAUGCAGAACAACAACAGCAACAACAGCGGCUCGCCAAUAAGCCAGGGUCAGCCCCUCAACCCUGACCAGGCCAAGGCCCCUCAGCCCGAGGGCGAAUACCCCGUCGUCAUGGCUAUCGACUUUGGAACGACGUUUUCUGGCGUGGCCUAUGCUCUCAAGGCUGAUGGCGAAGUGCACGACAUGACAAAGUGGCCUCGCCAUUUGGCACAGUACCCCAAGACACCAACACUCAGCUUGUACAAAAAGGACUCGACCAAGAUCUUGGAUUGGGGACACGCUGCCCGUCUGGCCAUGCUCAAGCCCUCUGCUAAGGACUUUUGCCUCCUCCGCAAGUUCAAGCUGCAGCUGGACGAGAGCCUCCACAACGCACCCCUCGAGAAUGGAAUUUCGGCUCUGGACGCAGUAACACACUACCUCAAGAAGCUGCACGGACACGUCAUGAUGGAGUUGAUGAAGGGAUUCAUUAAAAACUACGAGCCCAACCAGUUCCAGUACUGUCUCACCGUCCCCGCCAUGUGGUCCGAUGGUGCCAAGAACACCAUGCGUCGCGCUGCCAUCGGAGCUGGACUGAUUCAAGAGGGCGACCCACCAAACCGUCUUAUCCUUAUCUCGGAACCCGAGGCUGCUGCCAUGUACUGCGAGCGCAUGGUCGACCGCUUCUCGCUCAAGCACGGGGACCGCUUCAUGAUUUGCGACGCUGGUGGUGGAACUGUCGAUUUGAUUGUCUUUGAGGUCAACGAGCCCCCAGGUCAGGCCCGCCACCUGCGUGAGGUCACCCGCGGUCAUGGUGCCUCUUGCGGAUCCGUCUUUUUGGACGCCAACAUGGAGAGAUUGCUCGAGCGCAAGUUCAAGAGAUACCGUCGUGGCAUCAAGGCCUGCGGAUGGGCCUCGCUCAUGGAUACCUUUGUCGACAUGGUCAAGCCCAUGUUCAACGGUCAGGAGGAUGUUCUCAUGCAGAUCCCCCAGGCGACUGGACUCGAAGACUUGAACGACCACGAGAUUGGAUUGGAGGAUGGUGUUCUCUGCGUCUCGGUCGAGGAGAUGAAGGCCGAGGUCUUUGAGCCCGUCAUUUCAGAUGUGCUCGACUUGAUCCAGAAGCAGUUGCACCAGAGUCAGAGCUGCUCGGCCAUCUUCAUGGUCGGAGGUUUCGGUUCCUCGCGCUACUUGGAGGAGCGUGUCCGUCAGGAGUUUGGCCACUUGGUCGGAUUGGUCGCUGUCCCCCAGCGUCCCGAGUUGGCUGUCGUUCGUGGAGCUGUCUAUGCAGGAUUGAACACCAAGACGAUCAACAUGCGUGUUGCCCGUCGCUGGUACGGAGUCGAUGCCAACAUGCCCUUUGAGGAGGGUGUUGACCCGGAGUCGAAAAAGAUUAUCUCGCACGAUGGUCACGUCCGCUGCAAGGAGCGUUUCUCGGUCUAUGUUCGCCCCGGUCAACAGAUUGGAGUGGACGAGUGUGUGUCGAAGGAGUAUGUGACCUGGUCGUACCCCAAGGGUCUGGAUUCGCCGUUGUAUGUCUGCAACUCGCCCAACCAGCCCAAGUACAUUACCGACCCUGGUGUCCAAAAGAUUGCCGACUUCCACAUUCCUAUGCCUGAGAUCCCCGGAGCCCAGCCCCGCACCCGCGUCGUCUUCAAGCUCAACCUUUACUUUGGUCUUACUGAGGUUCGCGCUGAGGCAGUGAUUAACGGAAACACCUACACCACGAUCUGCUCGUUUGGCGGUGGAGCUGGAAACCGAUAA